AAGAAGAAGAGUUGGUUGCUUUUUUAUUUCGCCAGAAGAAUUAUUAUAAGAAUUACCACAAAAUUUUGCCGCAAAUAAAGGGAAAUUUAUAGCAUACAAACAAAUAACAUAAAAGAAACAAACGCCAAACAAUUACAAGAAGAUAUUAAAGCCCUGUAAUAUCCUGCAAGGACAUGACCACAAGCAGUGAGGAUGUAUUGCUACAAAUGGGUGAGGUACGUUUCAAGAAAGGCGAUGGAACCUUGUAUGUGAUGAAUGAACGUUUGGCCUGGAUGGCUGAAAAUCGUGAUACAGUGGCUGUAUCUCAUCGUUUUGCCGAUAUUAAAACCCAAAAAAUCUCACCUGAAGGCAAACCCAAGGUUCAGCUGCAGGUAGUAUUGCAUGAUGGCAACACCUCCACAUUCCAUUUUGUUAAUCGCAAUGGCCAACAAGCCAUGUUGGCCGAUCGUGACAAAGUCAAAGAACUACUGCAACAAUUACUGCCAAAUUUUAAGCGAAAAGUGGACAAGGAACUUGAGGAAAAGAAUCGUAUAUUGUCGGAAAAUCCACAUCUCUUCCAAUUGUACAAAGACUUGGUCAUAACACAAGUGCUGACCAGCGAUGAAUUCUGGAAUACCCAUGCCAAAGAGCAUGCAAUGAAGAAAGUUAACAAAAAGCAAAGUAUAGGAGUCUCCGGAGCCUUUCUUGCUGACAUCAAACCACAGACUGAUGGUUGUAAUGGUCUAAAAUACAAUUUGACUGACGAUAUUAUCCACUGUAUAUUUAAAACAUAUCCUGCCGUUAAACGUAAACAUCAAGAGAAUGUUCCCGCCAAAAUGAGUGAGGCCGAGUUUUGGACGAAAUUUUUCCAAUCACAUUAUUUUCAUCGCGAUCGCAUAACUGCUGGCACCAAAGACAUAUUUGCCGAAUGUGGUAAAAUUGAUGAUCAAGCGCUUAAGGCUGCAGUGCAGCAGGGUGCUGGUGAUCCCCUACUGGAUUUGAAACAAUUCGAAGAUGUGCCCUUGGAAGAGGGCUUCUGUAGUGUAUCGGGCGAUCGCAACACAGUCAACAGUGGCAACAUAGUCCAUCAGAAUAUGAUUAAGCGUUUCAAUCAACACUCAAUAAUGGUUUUGAAAACCUGCACAGAUGUGAAUUCAACGAAUACCAGCAGUGCCGGCACUGGACCCCUUAACCAUCAAGCCUCCAAGGAUAAAGCGGAAAAUGGUAGUGCCGAGAAAACCAAACAAAAAGAAAAUGCCACCGCAAAUGGUACCACCAACUCAAACUCAUCCUCCUCCUCAGCAGUUGUGAAUAGUCCCGAAAAGCCUGCCAAGCGACAAAGAAUUGCCGAAAAAAUCAUGUACGAAGAUUUGGGAGAACCUCAACUAGAGCUAGAUGCCAAUGGCGAGGAGGCUAAGGCAAAAUCACAACACAUUAAUCUAUGUAAAGUGGAGCGCUAUCUACAUGGACCCAUGCCAAGUACAAACUAUGAUGCACAUGAAGAUCCCAGACGUAUGGAAGAGAUUCAGUAUCAUUUGUUAUGCUCCACCGAAAGCUGGAAUCAAAGAGUACCUCACAAAGUCUUGGUAAGUUCAACGGCAGCUGUAAAUGCUCUGGGGGAACUGAGUCCAGGAGGCGCCUUGAUGAGAGGCUUUCAAGAGCAAUCAGUAUCACAACUUGUACCUCCCGAUUUUGAAAAGGAUUUGCGUAACUUGUAUUUGGCUUUGUCCGAAUUGCUAAAGCAUUUCUGGCAUUGCUUUCCCCCCACCACUCAGGAUUUGGAGGCCAAGGCCUUGAGAAUGCAUGAGGCUUUACAACGUUUCAAAAUGGCCAAAUUGCAACCGUUUGAGGAUCGUUGCCAACAAAAAUUGUCCCCCUUGGGUGGCACUUUAACGCAACACUUAAAUCGCCUGCUACAAUCGGCAAAUACAAAAUUCGCCACAUGGCAAGAGCGCAAAAUGCGGCAGCAUAAAUAGUUUUCAUAUGCCUCUAAUAUUUUUGAAAUUAUUUACAAUUCCUAUUUCCACAAGUGGUCAUGAUAACUGACGAUUAUAUUGUUUGUCCAUACUCAUGACAUGAACGCUUUUGAGUAAAUAACGUUUUUGUUCCCAUGGCUUAA